UUUCGUUCGUAUCCUCAUGCCGUCGGGCUUCAAGGAAAACUACUGCGCCGACUGCUUUCUUCAGUUCGAGUCGGCCGUCGACUUCAGUACGCACCGCGCCAAGUUUUGCGUCCAGAGCGAGUAUGGCGACCCGGCCAAGCUCGAGGCUGCGCUGGCAGAGCCCGAGCGGCCGACAUUGGCAGCACUGCCCCCCAUGAGCCUAGCGCAGGCGCAGGCGUACUUGAGUGCGCCGUCGAUGGCACCAGGCCUCGGGCAGCUCUCUCUCCGCGAGCUCAAGGCGAACGUGACCGCGAACGACCGCGACAUGGAGAAGCUCAAGGCACAGCUGCAGCGCGAUCGCGCGAGAGAAAAGGCCGACGAAGUGCGCGCGCUCAAGGUGCGGCAGCAGCAAGCGCUCUUUCAAAAGCAGCGCGAAGACGACGAAAUCGAAGCACUUCUCAUGGAGAUCGAGCGGCGCAAGCAAGACGAGCUCCAAGCGCGCUUGAGCCAAGAGCAGAUCAAGCAGGAGCUGCAUGCGCUGGAUCUCGCCGGCAUCGCGUCGCUCGAAGAAGCCAAGAAGCGCGACUUGGCCGAGCUUCAGAACGCCAAAGAGGCUUUGCAGAGACAGGAAGAUGCGGCGCUGCGAGACAUUGAGGCCCUCGAGAAGCGCGUCAAAGACCAAGAACGCCAGCACCGGGAGCUGGAGCGGACGAUGCUGGAGAAACUCCAGGACGCCGACGCGCCAGAGGUUGGCGACGAUCGAUCCAAGGCGCUUCGCUCCAAGCACAUGGAACGGAGUCGCGCGCACGGCGUGGCCACAGCGAAUCUCGAGCAGCAGCGAAGAGAGCUACUGGCGCAGCAGGCGCAGCUGCGUCGGGCGCUGGGCAGCAACCAAGAAGCUGACCCUCUCUCAAUGACCGGUUUCGACUACUCUAUUGAACAGGAGCGCGUCGAGCGGCUGGCCAAAGACGUCGAAGUUGCUGGAAAAGCGCAGGCCGCCGCGCGCAUCGACAUGGAGACCCAAGUGGCGUCGCUCUUGCUCGUGCGGGAAGACCCCGUCGAUGUUCAGAUCGACCAUUUGCUCCAAGACCUCCAGCCAGCGCCAUGUGCGAAGAGGCGCAGUACGAAUCAAAGCCCUCCGCGCGCUCGAACCCGAGCCAAAACACCGCCGCCCGCCACGUUGCCACCGUCCGACUCGCUGGAAGAGCUCACACGGCAGCAUACAAGUCGCAAGAGGUCGCGCCCGCCGACACCAGCGCGUCCUCUCACCACACCGCCCGUAAACAUCUCUACACCCGUGGUUUCCAUCCCAACGACCGCCACCCCAACCCUUGCCACAAACCCGACUACUACGGCACCGUCAACGAGCGGCUACCCACCCGGAAUGUACCCACAAGGGCCAAGCUUUGCGCAACAUCCCGCAGCACUGGGGCCAUAUCCUGCGUCUGGAUCAUACUUGGCACCAGGGCCAUACUUGGCGGCUCCCGCAGCUUACUCGGCACCAGGACCUUACCCGGCAUCGAUGCCGUGGGGCUUCGGUAGUCCCUACAUGUACCAGCAGCCACCUCCGUACUACUCUGGGAUGGCGGGUGUUGGCGCCGCCUUCAUGGGGUACCCUCCUUUUGCACCUCCGUUUCCAGCGCCGCCGGAUUCCGAGACGGCAAAACUCCAGGCGCAGCUGGAUGAGCUCAAGCAGCUGCAGGAGCAGCGCGAGUUUGAGCGCGAGACGUCGCGCUUCCAGCAGCUGCUGCAGAGUUUGCAGGGCACGGGACCCGAGAAGUCUGUGUCCUCCGAGACUCCCAGCGACGAGCCGGCAGAGCUGCGAGCCCUCCGACUGCAGCACGCACAAGAGAUGCUGCGUAUCCAGCACGAGCGCAACCUCAUUGAAGAGCAGGAAAAACUGCGCGCGGUGCGCGAAGGCGCCGAGCGACGGCGCAAGGAAGCCGACGAGCAGCUCGAGCACGACGAGUGGGUCGCCAAGCAGAAGCGCAUGGUGCUCGCCCUCCGCAUGAAGAAGGUGCUGGCGAAGGAGCAAGGAGCAAACUCAACGGUCGUCGAGAGCAGCGUGUUGCCGUACGAUCCCGACCUCGGCUUUGUGAUCUUCUGGGACUUUGUGCUUUGUGUACCACUCAAAGCCCCGUGCUUGCAGUUGACCUACGCGCUGUACGACCAGACGACGACUCGCUCCAAGCACAAGCUCGUACGCGCGCACGAGUGCGAGCCCCACGGCCUCAGCCAUCAGCGCUGUGUGUUUGCAACGCGCCGCGACUUUGAGCAGAUGCCCGCGAGUCCGCAUCUCCGCCUCCUUGUCGAGGUGGCCAUGGUGGCGUCGCCAACCGAGCCGCGGGCGCGGGCGCCGGCCUCGCUCGGAUGGACGGCUGUCGACAUCUUCUUGCCGUCGCUCGAGCUCCAAGAAGGCUGCUUCAAGCUCCCACUGAGCUUUACGCCGUUGCCGCAGGCGAGUGCGCCAUGGGCACUGCCUUUGGGCGAAGACGACGCGUCGGCAAAGCUCUAUGUGCGGAUCGUGCAUGCGGCGCAGGCCGAAGAAGCCUCCAAAUUUCCAGUCAACCCCGACUCGAUGGCCGACAAGUACACGCUGCCGCCCAACCAAAUGCAGCCAGCAGCACCCACGUCACCAGGUCCAGAGCGUCCACCCGAGAAGAAGGCACCAAAGAAGCUUGCGGCUGUGACGCCAAACGAGUCACCAGACUCCAUCGCCACUCCACCGCUGCCAAUACCACCCGAGACGACAACGCCACUGCGUCCGGUCGAGGUAUCGCGGCCGGCUACAGUAAUGAGCGAGCGCAACGUUGCGACCCAGGACGAGACCAGCGUCCAGCCCAAGGCAAAGCCGCCAGUGAUUGCCUCCCCGAUACCAACAUCUCGCCUCUACGCCCACUCAGACGAGCUCGAAGACAGUGUAUUUCUGGACUGCGACAACACGAGCCAGCGGCGGCGGCAGCUCUUUGCCCGCGGCGACGGUGUCAACUUGUACAUUGACGGUGCGCGGUCGCUGCCCGACUGCACGAGUGUCACAAAAGCAACCGUCUUUGCCUUCCACAGCGACAUGACGCUGUGCACGUCGCUGAGCGAGACCUCGGCGCUCUGCAGCGUGCAAGACAAGGCGGUCGCCCCGACGUUCCGUCUCCUCGUCGAGUUUCGGGACGAGCGCUUCAACCCGACACUGACCGUCGUCGUGCGGCUCGACACGAUCGCCGUGCACUCCAAGAGCCCAACUGUGCUCGGCUACGUCGCUGUACCAGUGUUUCUUGACGCCGAUGGUCAGCAGCCGACCAAACCGUCGAUGCAAGACGUCUAUCUCAACGACGGCGCGUUCCAGGUGCCGCUGCGAACCGGCAUCACCCUCGGCUCGAGCGGGGUACCGAUGACCGCCAAGGCCUGCGAGAGCGCACUCAAGCUCUCUUGUGCCACACUACUCCUGCGCAUUGCACGCGCGCCCAAGUCGGAGGACGGUCUGCGCUGUCUGAGUCGCAAGGACGCCCCGGCAACCGAGUGGGAGGCGCAGCGCAUCGUGCUCCCGGCCCCGGCGUACGCCAGCCGCGCGUACGAUAGCACGAGCGCCCGGCCCAGUGCGAUGGAAGAAAAGUUGUACGAGCUGCGGCGACAGCGCAAGCCGCGGCUUGUGGGCGAACUCCUGCAAAGCACCCUUGGCGUGGACACCGAGAGGCUUCCGGCCGUCCUCGCCGACCAGCUCGAGAAGAAGCCCAAGACGUCGCUCCUCGAUAUGCUGAGCAGCAUCUUUGUGUACCAGCCCGAGAUUGGCUUUCGCGUCGCCAUCGACGGGUUGCACAACCUUCCGUCGAGCACGAACGGGAGCUUUGUCAAAGUCAUUGCGAGCGUCGCGCCUCCAGCUGCGUUCUACCAAACGCCGCAGCUCACAGACGACGUGCAAAUGACCGUGAGCUACGACUGGACGAGCGCAAGCUCGAGCCCCGAAUUCAGCGACGGCUACCACACCUACCGUGAUGUCAUGCCAUCCGCGCCGCUUCUCUUGGUCUUGGACGUGCGCUGCAUCAAGAUGGGAAAAGCCGGCGACUGGUCGUCGGCGCCACUCGGGUGGACGUACCUCAAGCUGCUGCACCCCGAGAGCCGUGGCAUCGUUCCCGGCAGCUUCCAGCUGCCGCUCUUUGCCGGCAACGUCACGCUCGACGUCUUGCAGCACGAUUUGGAUAUGGACCUUCUCGUGGCGCAAGAAGUUGCCAAGAAGAAGGGGUUGAUCGCGUACAUCCCAGGCGCGUCGCUCCUGUUGCGGAUCGAGGACGGUCAGCUGCCCAACGUCUGUCCGACGCCCUUUACCAAGAGCGAGCCCAAGGGGAUCCCAUCGAGUCUCUUGCCCAAGUACGCGUACGAUCCGUCAGCGAUCCAAGCGCAGCGCAAGAAGAAACCACUGAGCAAGCUCUUGCCGCCCAAGCGCAGCGAGCAAGAGCUCGAGAAGGAGCUCAACGUAGCGUUCGCUGCCGAGAUGGGCAUUACCCACUACGCCUUCUAAAUCGAAUCUGGCGCCAACUGCUGGAAGAGCCCCAUGUACUCGAAUUCCGGCUGCUUGGACGGUCGCCACACGGUGCCACCAGGCGGCACCGAUGCUGAUAUCAACUUGAUACGCCGAAAGAAUGCGAUGAUGAUAUUAUCAUCAAUGCAUUGCCCACCAUAUCAGUACUGAUAAUAUCAGUACUGAUAUGGUGGGCAAUGCAUUCGGCGU